AGCGCAGUAAAGAGGAAAGAGUUGAAGAGCGAGCGAGCCCUAUAUAAAGAGAGAGAGAGAGAGAGAGAGAGAGAGAGAGAGAGAGAGGGAGAGAGAGAGAGAGAGAGAGAGAGAGAGAGAGAGAGAGAGAGAGAAAGAGCGUGGCAGGAUCGAUGCUAGGCCCCUCUGUGUGCGUACCGUUGCUGGUGUGGGACCGUGUCUUCCUGUCUGCGUGUACAUACAUAUGCAUGUGUGUGUGUGUGUGGUAAACAGUGGAAACCCCCUGUUUGAGUGUGUGAGUGUGUGUGUGUCGGGCGCCUGGGUUGUGAAGGGGAUCAAUGAAAUCGCAAUUUCCACCAGAGCACCACCGAAAGGAAGUGCAACAGUCGCAGGGAAGUCGUUAAAAAGGCAAAGUGUGUUUCGAUGUGCGGUUAAACAAGCCGGUGCGGCAGUCGAGACGGCAGGCGGCGGUGCGGUGCUGACGACCGGAACGGACGCAACGACGGCGGCGGCGGCGGCGGCUGCAGCCGGGCACGAGCUCAGCCUGAGCGAGCAGAAGAUUUCGCUGCUGUUCCCGAAGUGCAAACCGCGCAGUGACUACCACCACUAUGUCCUGAGCAGUGGUGCGAGUGCAAACGGUGGUGGUGGUGGUGUCGGUGUUGGUAGUGGUGGUGGUGGCAAAAACAGUAACAAUAAUUGUCUGAUGGACGUCGGCAGCCUGUCGCUCGGGACGUACGUGACGCGCACGAGCCCGCCGACGGUCGCCACAGCGCAAGGGGCCGGACCGGCCAAGGUGUACAUGGACAUGGGGACGUUCGGCAAUAACAAUGGCGGCGGUGGUGGUGGUGGUGGUGGUGGUGGUAGUGGUACGGGCGAGUUUGAGUACGGUGCGGAGAAGGAGCUGGUCGUCGGCAAGGGCGGCAGCAAUAACAGCAACGUCACCAGCAACAACAACAACAACAACAACAAUAACAACAACAGCAGCAGUACCGGCAACGCAGGCAGCGGUAGUGCCGGUGGCAACAACAACCACUACGGUGGCAACAUCAAGGGCGAACUGUACGGGGGCAUCGGUGGGGGCAGCACCGGCGGCAGUGUGAAGCACGGUGCGCCCAAUCAAUCGGCCGCCAAGGGGGGCGGCAGCACCGUCCCGGACGGGUACGGCUACUACUACAGCAAUCAACCGCCGCCGCUGACCUGCUCGCCAACCGAAACUCAAUCUGCUAUCAGCGCCGCGUUGGGCAACGGGGGUGGUGGUGGUGGUGGUGGCCCCUCCACCGGUCUUCUCCUGUCCGACGAGGAUGACACGCGGGACGAGCGGCUGAAGCGGGAGGCUGCCGGUGCGGGACCGACCCCACGAUGGAUGGAGCGCAACUACUGCCACCUGUCCGUCUCGCACUACCCGUCGACCGGGCACAAGUCGAAGGGUGGUGGGCCGGGGGUCGGUGGCGGCAGCACUGGUAGUGGUGGUGGCGGUGGUUCGAUGAUGCAGCCACCGAAGCGGGCGAGUGUGGUGGGGUCUGGCUCCACCUACAAGCCGGUGAGCUGCUACAACAUGGUGCUGCAGUCGCCGCUCGAGGACGAGAGCGACAUGGAGGACAAGCUGAAGUACUUCAACUACCAGCACGAGAUGCAGACGUACAACGGUACGCGCAAGGACAAGCUCGGGCUCGGGGGCUAUGGUGCGCUCGGGGGUGACGGUGGGGCCGCCGGUGAGGGUGAGAUCGUUGUGCUGAGCAGCAAUGCCAAGGAGCACGGCAACACGCUGUCGGUGGCGCAGCCGAAACAGCAGGACCUGCCGGACGAGGGGCCGACCGCCCGAAAGGGGCUGCUGCACCUGGGGCAGAAGCUGGAGCACGGACCGCACGUGGGGCUGAGCGUGGCCAGCCCGAGCGUGGAGCAGUGCGAGCCCGCGGUCGACUUUGCCGACAAGCUGCUGGGACACUAUCCGGCCAAGCGGGACGAGGGAGAGGCGGAGCUAGCGGAGAACAAGUCCCAAAGCACCGGGUCGAACAUUAUCGAGUACGACGGUUCGCCGCGUCGGUUUGGCCUGAACCUCUGCGACGAAAGCGACUGCUACCUAGCGUCCAGCGUGAAGAUAAACCUGACGUCACCGUCACUGCUAUCGCUACCUCGUCCCGGAUUCCCCCAGCGCGUAGUACCCGCUACAGUCGGUACUGCCGGCAGCGGCAGCAGUAUGGCUGGCACCGUCGCUCAAACGUCCUCCACCAAUGCCAGUUGUUCGCCUUCGCUGCUCGAUCAGGUCAACUCCACCCUCAGCAAGACGCUGCUGCUCGAUUCGAAACGAUCCGCAAACGAUACCGAAUGUACGAGCAGCUACGGCGCUGGAGAGCUUUCCAAAGUUUCCGGGACGCGCAAGGAACAGCAGCAGCAGCAGCAUCAGCAGCACCACGACCAUCACAUCUACGACAUGCUGCCCGGCAAGCUGUCACCGUCUGAGAUGGGCGGCAAGACGAGCCUGGAAAAGUUGCAGCUGAGCGCCCAAACGCCCGAGAACGAGCUGCAGCACAUCGGCGGCACGUCCGGCUUUCCGCCGAUCGCCAACUCCUCUACGUUCGACUAUCUGUACGAGUUUUCGGAGACGCGCAAAGUGCUGGAGGAGUUCUUCAAGUGCCCCUCGACCGAGGACGUGGAAAAGUUCAGCGACUACAAUGACAGCGCAGAGGAGGAGGACGAGGAGGACGGGGAGGAGGAGGAUGGGGAGAGUCUGGACGUGCACUACGACUAUCCGGUCGAGCUGGAGCGCUCGAAAACGAUCGAAACGACGUACAUUGGCAACGUGAAUGGGGCGGCAGGCAAGCAGGACACGCUGGUGCGCUCGCCCAAGUCGCCGCUGCUGGGUGACGGGCCGGCCCGCCGGGAGGAGGACGACGAUACAGCCGACGUGGAGGACGAGGAAGAGGAGGAGGACGGAGAGGAGGAGGACGAUGAGGACGACGCGAAGCCAAACGGGUUGGCGAAGUACAGCUACAAGCUGAAGAGCAAAUCGACCCGGCUUUCCGACUACUGCGGGCUGCGCAAGAAGAAAUCGGAGGCCCAUCUGAAAGGCCACAGCGGUGGCAACGGCGGUUUGGGGGUGGUGGAUGUGUCGGAUCGGUACUGCAGUGCGGCCGAGUACGACCGGCGGGAAGAUGACGGUGUGCGGCUGUCGCUAAAGUCCACCCUCCAGUCCGCUAGUGAUGCGCGCGACUACGCCAUGUACGUGCAGAGUGGCCUGCUGAAGAGCUACCCGGAACAGCAGCAACAGCAGCAACAGCAGCAACAGCAGCACCAGGCUGAACCACCGAACCAGCCACCCAACCAGCAUGCCAACAUGGGCGAGCUGCGGUUCAGCGCGUACAUCAACGGGGAGAGCCGCACCAGCAGCUACGAUGCCAUCAACGAGGCGAACUACGACGGCCAUCCGAUGAUCUCGAACGGCAGCGACAAGGACCCGCUGCACUACUCGCUCAACGGGGACGGUGGCGACGGGCGUAAGGUGUACGCGCGCAAGUACAGCAAAAACUUCAACUACUCGCCCGACACGACCGACUACGACUCGAACUGUGGCGACUACGAUAGCGAAAUCUCGCCCCAGUACGGCAGCGACUUCGGACUGAUCUCGGGCAACGGGGCGACGAUGUGCGAUGAUCUGAACAAUGGCGUGAUCAGUGCGACCUCGGGCGCACCGUCCGGCCCGGGCGAGUCGCUCAACUGUCUGUUCGCGAACAAUGCGAACAACUACACGCGCUACUACGCUGCGAUGCCGGUGCUGGAGGACGGGCUGUCCAGCGGGCACGUCUCCGACUCGGAGAACAAUCUGAGCGCGAACCCGAUGACGGGCCUGCUGCCGCCCGACCUGGUCACGGUCGGCAGCGUCAAGCAGCACGGGCAGGCUGGCAGCAAUGGCGGCAUGAUGCAGUCGGCCGGCCCGGCCACCGGCCCGUACGGUUUGCUGGGCGCACAGUCACCGUCCGUUACAGCGAAGCCAUCGAUAUCCUCUUCACCUAGCAUGUCGAAGGAGAUGAAAGCCGCACAAGGUUCACACGUACAACAACAGCAGCAGCAGCAGCAGCAGCAGCAACAACAGCACCAACCACAACAGCAGCAACAGCAGAACCAAGGCACAAACGUGGAGGGCUACUUCGUCAACAACACCUUCCGCAUGGGAAAUCUCAAGCUAAACUCUAGUAUGCUGCACAACGCCAGCAUAUUUAAGAAUCGCGACCCAGAGCUGGAGUCUCUCUACACCAUAAAUACUAUCCAAUCGACACCGCCACCUCCAGCCCCAGCACCGCACAGGAAGUCUUCGAUCGAUUGUGAUAACAUGUCCCUGUUGCAGCAGCAGCAGCAACAACAACAACAACAACCGGGACAGCAGCAAAAGCAACACCAGCUGCAACAUCUACAGCAACUUCAGCAGCAGCAACAGCAAUCGCAACAGCAACAGCAGCAGCAAGGGCAACCCCAACAACCGCAACAAUCACAGCAACAGCAGCAGUUCAACCACGGCCAGACGACCAGCGCCGACGUGCAGUCCACGCUCAAGGACAUUCGGCUGUGUCUGCAGAAGACGAAGAGCCUGAACCUAGCUAGCGGCAACCAAUCGCGGAAAGCGUUCGACAAGGGCAGUCUGUGCGCGACCGGCGACUUUCCCGACCCGCUCGGCCCGGUGGGCAGCGGGACGGUCGGAACAGCCGGCAGCGGGGGCGGCGCCGGCACCGGCCCGAGCCUCUCCCCGAUCUGGAUACCGCGCACACGCGCCAGCGACGACUUUGCCGGCAAACCGCUCGCAGGGGCAACGGGCCCGACAGCGGCCAGCGGCACAGGAGCGCUGUCGAACGGGCUGCAGCCCGGGGUCGGUGUAUCUGGGCCGUCCUGCAAGCUCUCCUCCUCGCCGGUCUGCUCCAAACCGGUGGCCGUCGCGGGGCCCGAUUUCGCCGACGAGACGGACGUACUGAUCGGACAGGGCGCUGGUGGGCCAGCCACGAAACCGCUGGCCCUGGUGGACGAGGACGAGGACCCGGACACCGAUCUCGAAACCGACCGCCUGCUCGGGCACCAGCGGCUCGACGACCAGGGCUUCUACGACGAGAGCGGCAGCGGCAAGCUGUGGAGCACGGGCGAGCGCAAGACGGGCGCCUCGCGCCUGCUCACCCUCGGCAAGGUCUCGCCGAAGCAGCAACAGCAGCAGGGCGCAUCCCAACCGGCCGGUGUGGCCGGUGGCGCAGCGCGGGAUACGGCCGCGAACGGGAAGCUGCCAGCCGCCGGUCAACUCGGCGAACGGCUCACUGGCUCGGUGGGCGUGCGCAACGGUCCCCAGCCGAACGGAAGUGCCGGGGGAAGCAGUUUCCUUCCCGGGGGUGGCGGCAGCGGCAGCUCGACCGGCAUGGCGGGCUCCGGCGCCAGCGUUCCCCUGCCAGAUCUUGGUAUUGCGGCCGCGGGCGCGCCCGCCGCCGGUCCCGAGUCGCGUGUCAAAAAGUAUCGCCAUCAGCAGUUCAGCAAGAACAUCUACAUCGGCACGAAGAACGCGGAGAAGUGGGACACGCUCCGGAACGUGCUGCUGUUCAAGAACGAUGUGGAGUUUGUGUCCUUUCUGCUCAAGCUGGCGGAGAGCAACUGCUGGAAGAAGGACUCGCCGCUGCUGAACGGAUUUCACAGUGAAACGCUACCGCUGAAGCCGCAAGGAGCCGCCACCAAGGGUGGGCGGACCAAAUCGGGCUCCCGUGGCAAGCAUCAGCUGCAGGAGCCGCCACAGGACAACCAGCAACUGCUCGACCAGCAACAGCAGCAGCAGCAGCAGCAGCAGCAGCAGCUACAGUCGUCAUCAAUCAGCUUCGCCAGCGCCAAAUCGAUCGGGGGCGCGGGCAAGAAAACCAAGAGAGUACAAUUUAACAAGAAUGUAAAUAUUAUCCAUAAGCUCGAGGACGGCAGCCGGCGCAAGAUGGUGUCCUUCGGCGAGAAGGCCCUGGCGGACGAGCCGGCCCCGCACCAGCACGACGAGGACUCCGCGCCCGUACCUGACGACGAGGACGGUGGUGAGGAGGACGAGGACGACGACGACGACGAGGGGGAGGAGAUGGAGGAGGACGCGGAGGACCCGGAGGAGGACGAGGAGGAGGGCGAGGACGGCGAGGACGGCGAGGAGGACGAGGAGGACGAGGAGGAGGAAGAGGAGGAGGGCGAGGAGAAGGAGGCGCUGGCAGGGAGCGGGGCGGAGGGCCCGGCCGAGGAGCGGAAGGUCGAGCCGGCGUUCCUCGGCGACGGCAGCAAGGAGGAGCAGGAGCAGUCGAGCGUGAGCAACCACGACGCGUACCUGAUGGACGACCUCGUGAAGAAGACGCUGCGCAAAACGCUCCCGCCACCGACCACGCCCGCGUCCGCGGCGCCGAACCGGCAGCAGCAAAGCAACGAGGUGCAGCAGGACUCGAUCAGCAGCACGAUGGGAUCGGUUUCAGAGGACUCCCUCAACACGGAGACGGAGGUGCUGGACUACCGCAUCGCGGAGAAGAUCAAAACCGAGCUGGAGGAGAAGCAGAAGCUGGAGCGCCGGGCGCACACCGGCGGCGAGGAGCUGCCGACCACGUCCAACUUCUUCGACCAGUGCGACCAGUUCGAGCCGCCGGACGAGAAGCCGCCGGUGCCGGCCGCCCCCAAGAAGGGCCUGGACCGGUCCCGUGCCACGGGGGCGACCGAUCGCCCCGCGCACGGUGGCGUACGCAAGCGGGGCCGACGUGCGGCCACGGCCCACGACUCGGCCAACGUCGACCUGCACAUCGAGUACGAGGAGCAGGAGUACCGGCCGCUGCCUGGGGCGGCCCGGGGGACCAGCACGGCCGAUGGGGGGCCCUCGGCCGAGAAGGCCGCCUUCCUGGGGCCCGCCGGCCGCCAGCUCGGGCUGGGCCCGCACGGCACUGCGCCGGCCGGCCGCCGGCCGAAGGGUACCGGCACGGCCAAGAACAAGGUGUGCACCGGGUGCAGCAUCAAGCACGGGGCGGACCAGUGCCCGCUCAGCACGCCGCUGCGUGCGAUCAGCAACAAAAUCGAGCUUACCCAGUGGCUGGAGCAGAACGAGGACCUGAUCAAGAAGCACAAGCUGUUCCUGAAGCCGCCCGGCACCGGCGACGAGCUGGACGACGAGAUGGACGACCAGUACGACGAGGACGAGGACGACGACGAGGACGACGUGGAGGACGAGGAGGAGGACGGCGGGGAGAGCAGCCGGGGCAAUGGGAAGGUGGAGCUGACGCCCUCCUUUUCCGAGGUGUCGGUGCCGCCCGAGUUCGAGCUGCGGCCCUGCCCGCAGUCGAGCGCCAACGGCACGAUCAUCAGCAGCACCACGCAGAGCGCCGACGCGUUGCAGCUGCAAAAGCUGGGCCAGCUGGGUGACUCGCAGCCACCGGUAUCGCUGCCCCAGCAGCAGCAGCAGCAGCAGGGGCAAGGCCACGACCUGCAGCAGGAUCAGGACUCGCUGCUCGACUCCAAGAGCUCCCUGCCACCGGCAUCAACGCUGGCCGGGUUCGCCGGCACGCUCGGGGCGGACCGGGAGACGGCCCCCAAGAGCCGGCCGGCCGGCGGGCACGGGCUCAGCAUCUACACGACCACCUUUAUCGCGAAGUAUACGAAACUAGGGCCCCUCACCGGGCAGAUUGUGCGCGAGACGGAGAUCCAGGACGACUGCACGAUGCGCCACAUCUUCGAGACGUUCGACGGCGCCAAGUCGACGUACACGAGCACGGAGAACAAAAACUUCUCCAACUGGUUGCGCUACAUCCGGCCGGCCCGCAACCGGGAGCAGAAGAACUGCGUCCUGCAGGUGCACGACGGUAGCAUCUACUUCGUCACGUGUCGGGACCUGGAGCCGGGCGCCGAGCUGCUCUACUGGAGCAACGACAGCAACUCGGCCUGGGGCAAGAAGAAGAUGGAGAAAACGAACUGCGGCGGCUGCAACCUCAAGUUUGACCAUCCGUUCUACUACCGCACCCACUGCUCGGUGUUUCACGAUCCCGGCUUCAGCCUGACGAUCCGCAAGUACCACUGCAAGGUGUGCGGUGCGGCCGUGCUCGGCAAGGAGAACAUCAUGAAGCACGCCGAAAAGCUGCACGACGGCAAGGGCGCAUAUCAGUGUCAAUUCUGUCAAAAGUUCUUCCUGCGGCUGAACUAUCUCGAGAUGCAUCGCACGUACGGCUGCAGUGCGAACCCGCAGCGCACCCGGCCGCUGUGCGAUUUCUGCGGCCGCAAGUUCUGCCAGCCGCAAAAGCUAAAGGUCCACAUCAAGCGGAUGCACAGCGACAUGGCGGACGUGCUGCGCGACUUCCAGUGCAAGCUCUGCUCGAAGCUGCUCGGCUCGCGCGCCGCCCUCCAGCGCCACUCGAAGGAGGUGCACAGCCGCAACUCGGCCGUCGUCAGCUGCCCGCGGUGCCAGAAGCUGUUCCAGAACCGGUCGAACCUGAAGAUCCACAUGCUGACGCACUCGGGCGUCCGGCCGUUCAAAUGCGCGGAAAACGAAUGUACGGCUGCGUUUACAACCAAGCAGUGUUUGCAGUUCCACUACAAGAAGGUGCACGGCUACACCCAGGAGCAGAUGCCAAAGAUCGAGCGCAGUGUGGCGUACACGUUCGACGCUUACUCUGGCGGGCUGAACGAUGGAAUCAUUGAUGAGGUCCAGCGUCGGCAGAGACACAAAUCGACCGCAUCGGAGGAGGGCGGGUACGGCGGUGAGAAGGUGGAGCGGAAAAAGCGCUCACGCCAGCUGGCCCAUUUCGACGAGACGUCAUCGCUGCAGCACCAGCAGUCCGAGCUUGGGCUUGGGCACGAACCGGUCGACCAGGCGAAGGUAACGCCCCAGCACCUCCAACAGCAGCUGUCGCCUCAGCAGCCGCAGCUCGACUAUCCCAGCACACCUCCCGCCGUGCAGCGCCUCUCGACGACACAUCCAUCAACCGGGCAGCUCGUGCUGCCGAGUGCCGACCUGCUCCAGAAGGACGCCGAGCUGCACCAGCAGAAGCUGCUACGUCAGCAGCAGCUCGCCGCCGUACAUCAAGCCGACGAGCAGCAGGACGAGCAGGGCGUGGAGCAGAGCAACGCGCUGCACCAGCACGAGCUGCACCAGGCCGACCCGCACCUGGACGACCCGGUGCUCGGGAAGGCGGAGCAGGAGCAGGAGUCGGCGCUGCACCAUCACCACCAUCAACAGCAGCUGGCCCGGCUGCCGUCGCCCUUCUCGAACAAUCUGCUCAAGACGAAAAACAUCCUCGAAUCGUUCAACGAUCUCUGCCGGAACGAGAGCAACCUGUCGCUGCUGUCGACGAAGAUCAGCUCGAUACUGAACAACAACCUGAAGGACAUUGCGAAGGUGGCGGCGAUCGGCACGCCGGCGGGCAGCAACGGUGGCAGCGUGGAGGACAUCCGCAAGAGCAUGCUCGAGCAGCAGGGGCUGGACGGGGAGAGCCGAGCAGAUCGGCUGGAGGACCUACAGCACCAGCAGCACCAGCACCAGCACCAGCAGCAGCAGCAGCACGAGCAACAGCAGCAACAGCAGCAGCAUCAUCAUCAGCAGCAGCAGCAGCAGCAGCAGCACCUGGUCCACCAUGCCCUGGCAGACGAGCAGUCGAAGCCGAACAGCCUCAACGUGAGCCAGCUGCAUCGGCUCAACAUAUCAAACCAGCUGGAUGCGGGUUCGGCGGCGGCUGCGGCGGCUGCCGCGGCGGCAGCAGCAGCGGCGGCGGCGGCGGCCGCCCUCCAGUACAAGCCGGGCACGGGCGAGGACGAGCUGAAGAGCGUCGGCGAGGUGGACAGCAGCUUCGUCGACAUGGCGUCGCUGGCGAGCAACCUGAAGUACAAGGAGUACAUCAACGGGGGCGGCAACGCGGGGCUCGUGAUCAGCAAGGGCAGCAAGAAGUGGAUCAGCGACGCGGACCAGCUGCCGGGCGGGGGUGGAGGCGGCGACAGCGGCGGCGGCGGCCAGCAGGGGGCCGAGCCGGGCGGCAUGCUGAGCACGGUGACGGGGCGCGACUUCCUCACCAAGCUGAUCAUGAACGGGAACGUCAACACGCCGCCGCCGAACGUGGCGGACGAGGAGGAGGAGGACGACGACAACUCGACCAUACUGGACGUGGUCGACUCGAACAACCCGAACCAGCAGAGCUCGCACGCCCAGCUCCAGCAGUACACGUCCAACUUUACCGGCCUCAACCUGCCCGACCUGCCCUCCUUCCAGAGCCACGCGUUCCAGGGGCACUUCAACCACCAGACGCUGCUCGGCUCGUUCUACAACAAUGCGGGCACGGGCGGGGCGGGCCGCAACACGAUCAACACCAUCCCGACGUCGGCGAGCAUGCUGGUGGAGGCGGCCCUCAACUCGGUCAGCAACAUCAUCACCGAGGCGGAGAUCAGCACGAACCAGGGGGGCCAGAGCCAGGGCGGCCUCCAUCUGAGCCACAUCGAUCCGGCGGCCAGCGGGACGGACGCAACUGGCAGUGGCGGCGGCGGUGGUGGCAACAACAACAACAACAACAACAACAGCCUGUCCGGCGGCACCUUCGCAGCCGGCCCGAUCGACGAGUCGGUGGACGAGAUGAAGCUGCUCAAGUCGCACCACUUCUCGAUGCAGCUCAACUCGAUCUCGCAGUACUCGGCCCAGUCGACGAACGACUCGGGCAUCCUGUCGAUCCGGGGCGCGGGCAGCGGCCGGCCCAAGUCGCGCGAGAAGCUCGCCAUCUACGAGGACAGCGAGAUGCUCGGGUACGAGGGCCAGCAGCAUCUCGGCCAGCAGCUGCAGGGCACGCCGCACAACAAGCUGACGGCGAGCGUCGACUCCGUGCGCAGUGCGCUCUCGCCGGACGGGCAGACGGGCGAGUUUGGGUACGCGGCGACACCGGCCGCCGCGAGCCGGCAGCACAUCGGGGCGGGCGGGUCGCCGGUGCGGUCCAGCUCGCGCCAGAUCUACGCCGAGCACGAUCUGAUCUCGCCCGCGUCGACGCCGUCGCUGCCGCGGUACGACUUCGGCCCGACCGAUGCCGGCCACUACGGCAGUGCCGGCCGGCGCCAGGACGCCAAAACGAUCAGCUCGCUCACGCUCGACAGCUUCGAGUCGAACCUGAAGGAUGCGCACCACAUGCAGCAGCUGUCGAGCGACGAGGACAACAGCAUCGUGAUCGCGGAGAACCUGUCCGUCAGCGCGGUCCAGUCGGAGGAGUCGAAGCUGAAGCUGUCGAGCGGGUCGGCGGCGGCGGUGGCGGCGGCCACCAACAGUAACGCGCCGAGCAACGCCGGCAGCGGGGCGGCCGACUUCAUCCAGAACCACCAGAAGUACGGCGAGACGGGCCGGGCGCUCGGCGGCUCCAACCUGCCGACCACGGCGGACAUGCGCAUCAAGUACGGCACCGACGAGCUGGUCGACUUUCAGCGCAACAGCGCGAUCGGGGACGCGUCCGACUUCCAGGGGCUGGACAUGUCGUCCCGGUCCACCGUGUCCGCCUACCACCACACGAACUUCCAGCUGUCGACGCAGGCGGGCAGCAAUCUGCACUUUAACCGCUACCACCAUCACAUCUACGACAUACUGAGCGAGCGGGAGCAGCAGCAGCAGCAGCAGCAACAGCAACAGCAACAGCAGCAACAGCAGCAGCAACAACAGCAGCAACCUCAGCAACAACAAUCCCAACAACAUCAUCAUCAGCAACAGCAGGCCCAACAACAACAACAGCAGCAGCAGCAACAACAACAGCAACAUCAUCAACAUCAACAUCAGCACCAUCACCAUCAGCAUCAAACACAGCAACAACAACAACAACACACUCAACAACAACAGCAGCAGCAGCAGCAGCAGCAACAAGAAUCGUUCCAGCUCGAGCAAACCCAGCUGCAGCAUCUCGUGCAGGAGCACGUCCAGGGCCAGGACUCGGACGCGGACCAGUCGGUGACGGUGGACCUGAGCCGCGGCUCCAGCUACCUCGUCCAGUCGCCGCCGACGCCCGCCCUCUCCUACAGCAGCCACCACCAUCCGGACAUGAUACGGAUGGUGUCGCUCGAUCUCAGCUCCAACACCGGCUCGCACCACGCGGUCAACAAUGGGUCGCAUCACGCGGUGCGCCACGCCACCUCCUUCCUCUCCACCCAGAUACAGCCGGGCGAUCACCAUCGGCUGCUGGCCGGGGACCAGCUGUCCGCCGCCGGCAACCAUCGCCUGCUGGUCAGCGACCCUGCCACGCACCUCAUCUUCGAGCAGAACAACCGGCUGCUGUCGGACGCUAGCGGGCAGCCGGCCGCGGCAGCCCCGCCGCCGCCCCCGCCGCGCCACGUCGUGUCGCCGAGCCGUGGGUUCGGGGCGUACCACCAUCAUCACCACCAUCACCAUCACCAUCAGGUCGGCUCCACCAACUAUCACCAUUCGAUGAAGCAGAACAUUGCCUCGCCACCGAUCAACCAGCACGGCUCGUCGGCCGCCGCCGCCGCCUAUCACCCAUUCCCGACGUACUAUUAAACUGUGGUGACAGGGGGGGGGGGAGGG